AUGGGUCGUUUUCAAGUCCGUUCGGCCUUGGCAUCCGAUUCCAUCGAAACAUCCGCUGCGCCGGCAUCCUCUCCACUUUCAACAUCCUCAUCCAGCUCCAGCACCAGCACCAACUCCAUCAAUGCGGCGCCGGCUUUUGGCAAGGCUUAGAGGGUUUUGGGCUUGGAUUCGGGAAGAGAGUCGACGUUUGUCGGAGAAUUGAUGUUUGUCGGACAAUUGAUGUCUGCAGGUCGUCAGGGAAGAGGUUUGAGAGACAUCUGAUGUUGUUUUUUCUUCAUUGUUGUUUUUCAUUUUCUUAUGACAGACGAAGGAAGUUUAGCCAUUUCAUUUCUUUGCUGUUCAAGAGUGACUUGUUGUUUUACAUUCAACACUUUUUGAUUGCUAGAAUAUGAAAUGUGCUUUCUUGGUGUGCCCUCACAUGAUGACUACCCCAGAGUGCUGACAAGUUGUAGAUUCUUAGUUCUUAUUAUUUGUUCUUUAGAAUUAGAAUUUCUUUCAAUUCAUGAUUUUUGUACAACCUGGUAGAAGCUGUGACUCAUUCUCAGCGUUAGCAGUUGUUCUAAAUAAGUGAUUCAUUCGCCAUUAUUGAAUGAUUGGCUGAUUUUCCAUAAAGGAUACUGACUAAUGGCUUUUGAGAGAUUUUCUGCUGUGCCUCAAAAAUUCUUGAUCUGAUAAUCUUAUCUUGUUCGUUUGUUACAGCACCAGGAGUUUUCUUGAACUAUUAUAAAAUAGAAUCUGUGACUAUGUACCCCGUUAAAGACCGAGCUCUUCCCCUACGAUCGUUGGUUGGACAAGAUAGAAGGAGACCUGAGACGCCGCGCGAUCAAUCUCAAAAAAAAUCCUCUUAA